CAGUGCGCCUGCGUCGCCGGCAGGCAGGCCGCCGCAGCAGCAGUAGAGCAGCCGCGUCGGUGCGUCUCGCAGUGCUCGACUUCGUCGGCGCAUCCGCUGUGUGGUGUGUGUGUGUGUGUGCCUUCGUCGUGUGUGUGUGUGUUUCGCGUGCGUGCGCGGCCUCUCCCUAGCCAGCCAGCUCGGCGCGAGCAGCAAGGUCGGCCGGCCCCCCGAUCAACAUCGACCAUGGGAGACGACGGAGGCGGCGGCGGCGAGGAGCAGCUGUCCGAGCAGUUCACUUCGGGAUUCCGGCUACGGGCGCGCAAGGGCGCCCUCAAGAAGAAGAACGUCUUUGAAGUGAAGGACCAUAAGUUCAUACCGCGCUUCUUCAAGCAGCCCACCUUCUGCUCGCACUGCAAGGAUUUCAUCUGGGGCUUUGGGAAGCAGGGAUACCAGUGCCAAAUAUGCAGCUUUGUCGUGCACAAGCGGUGUCACGAGUUCGUCACCUUCAAAUGUCCCGGCAAGGACAAGGGCGUCGAUUCGGACGAUGCACGUACCAAGCAUCAGUUCGUGCUGCAGACGUACACCAGUCCAACCUUCUGCGACCACUGUGGCUCGCUCUUGUAUGGCCUCAUCCAUCAGGGCUACAAAUGCAAAGCGUGCGACAUGAACGUGCACAAACGGUGCCAAGAGAGUGUGCCGAACCUUUGUGGCUGCGACCACACCGAACGGCGAGGGCGUAUCCACCUCAAGGUUUCGGCAACCACUACGCGGCUCACCUGUGAAGUGCGGCAGGCACGCAACCUGAUCCCGAUGGACCCCAAUGGCUUGUCGGACCCCUACGUCAAGCUCAAGCUGAUUCCCGAUAUGGGUGACUCGGCCAAACGGAAGACAAAGACCAUCAAGGCCUGCCUCAACCCCGAGUGGAAUGAGACACUCGUCUUCGACCUGAAACCCAUCGACAAAGAUCGGAGACUGCUUAUCGAGCUGUGGGACUGGGACCGGACGUCGCGUAACGACUUCAUGGGCUCCCUCUCGUUUGGCAUCUCGGAGAUUCUUAAGUCACCGGCCGAAGGCUGGUUCAAGCUUCUGACGGCUGAGGAGGGCGAAUUCUACAAUGUGCCCGUGCCACCGGAAAACCCGGCGCUCGCGCAGAGCACCACGCAUCAUCACCCGUCGAGGCCACGGCCGACACCGCAGGCCUCCUCGGACCUCAUCCCUCACAACAUGGGCAAGCAGGACGUCAUCCGGGCAUCCGACUUCAACUUCCUGCUCGUGCUGGGCAAGGGCAGCUUUGGCAAGGUCCUGCUGGCCGAGCGGCGAGGCACCGACGAGCUGUACGCUGUCAAGGUGCUCAAGAAGGAUGUCAUCAUCCAGGACGAUGACGUCGAAUGUGCCAUGGUUGAAAAGCGGGUGCUGGCGCUGGCAACCAAGCCCCCAUUCCUCGUGCAGCUGCACUCGUGCUUCCAGACGAUGGAACGACUCUACUUCGUCAUGGAGUACGUCAACGGCGGGGACCUCAUGUUUCAGAUCCAGCAGUGCGGCAAGUUCAAGGAGCCCGUGGCUGUCUUCUACGCCGCCGAGAUUGCCGUCGGACUCUUCUUCCUGCACUCGCGCUCUAUUGUGUAUCGCGACCUGAAGCUGGACAAUGUCCUGCUAGACCAGGACGGGCACAUCAAGAUCGCCGACUUCGGCAUGUGUAAGGAGGGCAUCCAGGGGGACAAGACCACAAAGACUUUCUGCGGCACGCCUGACUACAUCGCCCCCGAGAUCAUCCUGUACCAGCCGUACGGGAAGUCGGUGGACUGGUGGGCAUACGGAGUGCUCCUGUACGAGAUGCUGGUCGGGCAGCCACCCUUUGAUGGUGAGGACGAAGAAGAACUGUUUGCCUCCAUCACGGACCACAACGUCUCCUACCCCAAGGCGCUCUCCAAGGAAGCCAAGGAGGCCUGCAAAGGGUUUCUGACCAAGAACCCGGCACGGCGUCUGGGUUGUGGAUCAUCGGGCGAGGAGGAUGUGCGGACACACCCAUUCUUCCGUCGCAUCGACUGGGACAAGAUUGAGAACCGCGAGGUGCAGCCACCGUUCAAGCCCCGCAUUAAGAACCCCCGGUCCGGUGAGAACUUUGAUCCGGCGUUCACCCAGGCCAAGCUGUGCUUGAGCCCCGGUGACCCGCUCGUCAUGCGCAGCCUGACUGGAAACGAGUUUCAGGGCUUUACCUUCGUCAACAGUCGAUUCUGCGGAGUCUGCAGCUUCUAACCUCGUUACACGCGUGCCACCUGCGUCCUCUGGGUUCAUCCUUUUUUUUUUUUCCUGCACCGCUGGCUGAUGGCGGCACUUGCUGCUCUUGCAGGAGUCUUUUGUUCUUUUUUGCUGUUUUGUUUUUCUUUUUUUUUUGCUGCUGGUGUCACCGUGGCCUGCACUGGCAUGCACCAUGCUGCCAAACUAAAACCUGGCUGGCAAUCUUGCACUGGAUUAACCAUCACAGGAAAUGGAAUAAACCGUGGUUUUGUGGGGUGUGACAUGUGCGAGAGUCAACAAAGCAUUCAAGUGUACAAAGAAUAUCUGAGCUGUGUGCCGUAGGAGGGUGGUUUUGGCAACAUGUAAAGGGUAAGCUAAAUGACCAGAGGUAGGUGGCUUGCACACGACAUCGCAAUGUCACGGACACUGUGUUUCAGUGCAAUUCAGAGCUUUUGCAGAAAUAUUGGAGGCAAGCUAGAAAUAAGCGGACCUGUCUAAGUCACCAACUUUCACUGCAUGAUUACUCUUCUAACAUGUGACCUGAGAUGUCAUUUAAAGCAAUCUAUACGUAGGAGAGGUGUCUAUCCUGUUUUUAUUCUUGGUCAUUUUUGUUGCACCUGUUGUGUGCUGUGGGCCGAUUAGCUUUCCCAGCUGCUCGAGUUUGGAUGACAAGGCCGUCAUUAUCGGCUCUUCACAAACAGGAGGAGAACAUUUGGCAAAACUGAUGUCUCGGUGUUUCACUGCAUACUCCCUUAAUUGCCAAAAGUGAAAUUAUUUUAUGGUGUCAAUAAUGUGAGCUCAAGAGAUUAAUCUAUAUUGUUGUACACAGAGAUUCCGCUGAGUAUUGUGCAGAGGCUUAUUUGGAACAGAAAGUUAUGUUGCACUUGUUUUCAUAUCAUACUGCUAAUGCUGGAUGACUUGUCCAUCCUUGCUUUUGGCAGGAAAGGGGCAACAUGGAGGCAAAAUGCAGUCAAACACAGUUAACGUGGAGGGUUAGUAGGUGUGCAGUUGCAAUAACUAUUGGUGUAAAUCACACUUUAACAAGUAUUUAUUGACUCAGUUGCUUUGUCUGCUGUGAGAUACUUUCUGCCAAGCUGCAAUUAUGAACAGGGCCGGAAGUACCUUGACGAACCUUCAUUGCUGGGCUGCCGUACAUCACCUUGUUCAAGUAUCUGUUAUGGCCAUCAGCAAGAGUUGUAACAGCAUUCCAUGCUGUGUACCGGUGCCAAAAACAUUCUACUUGCAUGAUAACCGCGUGUUCAGGUGGUGCUAAAUGGUCAGCCACUGGAACAGUAUUUCUCAGGCCUCUUACACGUGGAUAGCAGCACAGGCUUAUUUUGGCUGCAAACGGCAUUAACAUUGGCUAUUGAGAGCUGUGAAACGCUACUACAGUGAACACUGUUGUAUAAAUGUUGCUGGUGUUGUUUGCCUUUGCUGAUUCCUUCUGCAAAUACAUACCACUGUAAAUUUGGACAGGUGACAGUGCCUGUGCAGCGUCUUCCAUGUUCAGUAUUCUCGAGUGCUCACUUUCACGAGAUUCGGCACUGCAUUCGUUGAAGUAUAUGGCUGACGGUGUUGCUGGCACUGUGGUGAAGAUAGCGAGCUUGACAUAAUGCGAGAAACGGGAUCCACCUGCCCAGUCACAUUGUAUCUCACAAGAGGGAUCAUAUCCCCAAAAGUGAUCACUCGAGAAUACUGCCGCAGCUUGGCCGUAGAAGGCAGCUGCUUCAUAAGUAGUAUCAGAGCACUCCUUGAAUGAAGCACCUGCCCUGUGUUCCCAGUUUUUUUCAUUUGGGAUGUCUUCCUUUUUUUGUGUGAUUGAGACAAGCUUUACCAACAGAUGCAAAGCAUUGUUUGAAGCCUGUCUGGUUCGAAGCUUUUUCGUAUUUCAGCAAAUAAUAUUCACAUACUUUGGUUGAAAAAAAAAGUUUAUCAAUCUGCAUAUUAAGGGUGGUGUUACAUCAGUAUGGGACUUCAUUACGAUGAUUCGCAUAAUGAAUGUGCACUGUAUGUCUUGGUAGGCCACAGUCACCUCUUUACAGCUGCUGCAUUUUCACUGUGGGCUGCUGGCACUUUACAAAAUACAUCCAUUGUUUUGAGUAGUACAGCCGUGUGAGCUCUGCAGUUCAUCUGAAUGCAGUACACUGAGCUGUAUGUGGUGCCGUUACCAAAUGGACACAUGUGUCCAUUUGGUACUGGAUAUAGCCAGAAGCCAAAUUGGAAUGCUUUUGUUGCAUAUCCUAGAUGUGCUAUUAGUUCCCACUGCACUAAUUAGUCGACGGAAGCCUAAUAAGCAGCGAUCAAACAAUUGACAUGAUGAAAGCAGCAGUAUACAGCCCAUCCUUUCGACAGCUGUCUCAGGUUAUAAAGAAUAUGAAGUUGUCGACAAAAUUAUUUGUUUUGGCCGAGUUUCAUAGCAGUGAUGGACAAUAGAAUUUGUGGAAAUAUGGUCAACCUGAAUAAUAACAAACUUUUUGUAAUUAACUUUUAAUUGAUGAAUUUCUUGGAGAUGUUAUAAUUGCAGAAGUAAAGUCAACAAGUACUCAAAGCGUAACUUUUUGUUGAAACUUGGAAGAAAUGGCAUGAAAAAGCCGACACGUAAAACUAACAUAGACGUGAAGAUGAGGCAUAGAAGUAGGCACACGUUGUGUCUAGUCAAAUGUUUAAUCUUCUUUAGUGCCCCUUUUUUUUUUUUUGCAAGGUGAACCCGCACCAACUAGAGCAGUAAUGUCACAUUUUCGUUAGAAUCUGUGCCCUUUCUUAGUUUCGAAAAAUAGUGCUCAAUAUCUACAGCGAAAUGUUUUGCCAUUUUACAUGUAAUGUUUCUAACAGGAAAAAUGCGGUGCGCUAGAUUUGUUAACUGGAAUAGCAAUAGAUUUUCACGGCACAUCUCCAGUGUGUAUUUGUUGGAAAUGGUGAUGUAGGCAGGUUGUGCUAAAUUUGGGCACUGGCCUACGUCACUUCUGCAACUACAGCAUGCCCCAUAAUAUCAAUUGUUAAAGGCUUAAUCAGUGAAAUAUUCCUGCUUAUAAUGCACAUUACCCUCAAUUUUUCACCGAACUAACUCGGGAGCGAUUACGUUGAAUAAUCAUCACAGAUGUAAGUCGGAUGCAUGCAAAACUGUACAGAAGUGACUUAAUCAUGAUCUUGAUGUCAGCUUCUGAGAGAAUUGUAAUUAAUAUAAUCUAGAGCAUUGUAUAAUCGCAGACUAUGAAAAGCACUCGUAACGUUGGAUUUUGAAAAGAGCGACUUGACUUUAAACUCCAGAAUUGAGCAUCGACGAACAUGCCAACCUUCCACCGUUACACAUUCAUCUCUGUUUAAGUAAAGAAAAAAGAUUUUUUAGGAUAAGAAACAAGUUUUUGACAUUUGUAACCUUCCACUCCGUUGCAAAAAUCAACUUUAAGAGCGAUUAUGUCUUCAAGCUUUCUUUGGGCAUGAUGGUGAUAUUCUAAAUUAUUAACUGCAUUGCCUAUUACUACUGAAAUUCUAAUGUCCAGCACUUGUAUGAAGCCUGGUCAGGAAUGAUAGUUUUAUUUUAGAUCCCCGAUCUUUAAUUUUGGUUGCAAAAGCUCUUGGUAUUCAGUGCAUUGGUGACUAGUAGUCGGUUGGCCAUGGUUUGGCACAAGUGGUGCAAUUGAAAUGCAGCCACUUGGAUUUGGGAGCUUGCCCGGUGAUAGCGUUUUCCAGAAAUCUCAAGCCUAGUAACCCGAAAUACUAUCCCCAGAACCCUACUGAGCGUUGCGAGUUUAUGCAGGUGGUGGCGUUGGCGGGAAUCUAGAUCUGUUUUUUUUUUUUUUUGUU